AUGAUGAAACACAGUAUCAAGGGGCUUUACUGCUUCAUCGACGAGAUCCGCAACUGCAAAUGCCUGGAGGACGAGGAGAAGAAAGUUUUACAGGAAAUAAUAAAAAUAAAAAAAAAGUUCAAUGAAAAAAAUAUCAGCAACUAUAAAAGAAAAAAGUACAUAUGGAAACUUAUCUAUUGUCAUAUAUUAGGGUAUGGCAUUUCUCUGUCCUACCUAGACAUAAUCAAGUUAAUGAGUAGCUCCAAUUUUAGCGACAAGUACUGUGGGUACACAGCCUUGUCCCUGUUGGUUAGCGAAAACAACGAAAUGCUUCACAUGAUGAUUAGUACGAUCAAGUUAGAUCUGAAAAGCAAUGAUGAAAAGGUGAACUUCCUAGCACUGCAUUUUGCAAGCCAAAAAAUUAACGAUCUUCUUAUUGAAAAUAUGUAUGAUGACAUACUCCACAUUGUCACAUCGAAUUAUAUAUACAAGCCGAACAUUAGGAAGAAGGCCUUCCUCUGCUUAUCCAACAUAUACAAAAAGAGACACGACCUAUUGUUGAAAAACAAAACGGAGUUGGAGAUUUUCAAAUUUUUAGAUCAGAACUUGAACGAAGUAAAUAUGUUUAAUGUUUUCGCAUACCUCAAUUUAAUAUACGUUAUCAUUUUGGUUUUCCAAAAAUAUGAGGCAAUGCAACAAUAUCGGGAGAAACAGAAGAGCAGGAAGAAAAAGUACACCAACAAAGGUGAUGAUGCGAACGAUCAUGAUGAUAACGAUGACGAAGACGAUGAUGAUGGUAGUGAUUACGACGAGGAGGAUGAUAGUACGGGCGGAGGGAAUCGCAGAGAUGAACACUCUAUCAAGAGAGAAGACCUCAAAGUUGACUCGAGCAAUUUUAGCAGUUUUAGCAACAAGAGAAUUAUCUCGCUAAAUAUAAAGGACGAGGUGAAAAGGAUGGGGUACCACAAGAACAACAGCUCUUCCCUCUCAAACGAACAGAGCUUCCUGUACAACGAUUUGAAGAAGGUAGAUAAAAUAAUGGAAAUCGACUCACAGUGCAGUUUGAACAUGGAGGAAAUAAAUUUUUGUGAAAUAAGAAAAUACAUUAACAAGUAUAUCCACUUCAUCCUGAAUGUACUAUACCUCAUUUUGGAUGAAAAUUUAAAAAUUGAUGAAGGGUUCUACUAUAGCGAGUUCAGGUACCCCUUCCUGUUGAUUAAGUGUCUACAGAUGGUGCAGUUGUACGACCUGUAUGGUUUGUCACAGAACACCAUUAACAAUAUUAACGAUAUUCUAUAUAGGAUAGUUAGUAAGCCCUUUAAGAAGUUGCAAGGGAAGAUAGGCUUCGAAACGAGCAAAACGAAAAGUGGUCGCUCCUUUGGACACGACCUUUCCAACUCACACAACAUAAGUGGCAACGACGGUGGCCAUCACCGUGCCAGUGGCCAUAUAAUCGACAGGAAAAAUAUUUUCAGAAAGAGCUUCUCCAAAAACAGCUUCUACAUGGGGAUGAAGAAGUCUAAAGAGGAACUCCGAAACGAAAAGAGCACCACAUAUAUCGAGUACGCCAUCAUAUACGAAUGUUGUAAUGUUUACAAUUUCCUUGGGAAAAAAAUUGAAGAUAGAAAUAGGGAUAUCAUUCUAUGUCUUAUCACAAAUUCUUUUGAUUCAAAAAGGUCUAACAUAAAUUACGUUAUCCUGAACAGUUUAUCCAAGCUAAAAAUGAACAAUAAAAUAUAUAGCAUGUUGGAAAAUCACAUUAUGCAUUUGAUUAACCUUCUCAACAAUGAUGAUAUAACAAUAAAACUGCAAACUUUUAACAUUCUUUUUAAUAUGUGUAAUACAUCUAAUUGGAAAUUACUUAUUAACGUUUUCCUGCAUCACCUUCCAUACAUAGAUCCAUAUAUACAGAAUGAGAUAAUAAUAAAAAUAUCCAUCUUGGCAGAGAAUUUUUCACCUGACUUGUCUUGGUAUAUUGAUGUUAUAUUCAAGAUGAUUGAAAUUACAUAUAGAUAUAUUUUUCCUGAGGUGUGGUUUCGCUUGGUUCAGGUUGUCAGUGGGUUUGUUGAAGGGGAUAAAUCAGGGAAGGUGACAGACAAAGCGGGAGAUAAAGCGGAUAAAGGAGAUAACCGAGACAAGAAGGAAAGUAUCUCCUCCGAUAACAGUAAAGUUAAGGAGGAACAGAAGGUACAGACUUACGCUGCGAUGAAGUGUUACAAAUACUUGGCUGAUCGAUAUACAAAAAUUGAAUUGCUCAUCGAUCUGUGUUCAUACAUCAUUGGCUCCUUUGGGCAUCUCAUAAAGGAUAAAGUACCCAUGAGUACUCAACUAAAAGUUCUGGAAAUGUACUUCACCCUAGGGUCAUCGAACACCAAGUGUGUGAUUCUGAUGGCCAUAAUGAAAAUGGUUUUCUAUGAGAGUAAGCUCAUGCCUGCCGUGAAGAAAAUUCUUACGAGUUGUAUUACACACACAGACUUGGAACUUCAAACCAGGGCCUGUGAAUUUCUCAACCUUUGUAAUUUGAACAACCCUGCUGUCCUCAAUUGCCUACUGAAGGGCAUGCCGCUCUAUCAUACGAAGAAGGUUCACGAGAACUUCCUUAUCAAGCGCCUCCUGGAAAAGAACAAGCACGCCGUCAUCGACUUUAACGAAAAGGAUAACUCCCUCAAAUUCGAUAAACAUGAAGAGAAAGACAAGUCGAGCAUCAGACACGACAAGAACGACAAGUACGGAGACAGCGAUGACAGCCGCAGCAAGGGAUCUUCCUCGACCUCCUCGGAUGGAAGUUACGAUCAUAAAGUUAGGAGAAAAAUGAGUAACGGAUCAGCGGCUUCAUCCGGAAAUUCGCAAAAAUCCUCAUCCUCUUUAUCCACACACAGAACCAAAAACUCAAGUGAGGACCACACGGAUGAUAAUGCAAAGCUCUUUAAGUCGCUCUGCUUGCAAAAGGCAAACAACAUUAAUGACCUUUGGUUCAAUGCCUGCCUCCUGGACAAAUCCCUUUUUUUUAAGAAUGCUGUUUUAUCCAUCCUCAUAAAGCAAAAGUACCAGGAGAACAAGGCCAUCCUCACUUUUUACGUAAAAAAUAUAUCAAAAACUGUGGUGAACUUGGCAAGUAUCCGUAUUGAGGAUUGUGAACAGAUGAAUAUAAAGGAGACCAAAAUUGCGAUGAAUGAGAAAAUAGAUUCCGACGCUGUAUAUAUCCAUAAAAUUAUAAUUACAAUUUCGGAUAUCUUCUACAAUAUCCCUAGCAUAUACUUCAAUGUCUUGACACCGAACUCGGCGAACGCGAGUCUAUCGUCCAAGCUACCCAUCCUCAUUACGCGCUUCAUCAAGGAAAAUAAAAUGAACGAGGCGACCUUCAAAAUUUACUGGAAAGCUCUCACGCAGGUCCACAACGAGGAUAUCAUAAUGGGCGUCCCGAAGUUUUCGAAAAAAUACUUUUUCAACUAUCUCAUUAACGCAUUUAAUUUUUACAUUUUGAAGAUCGGCUCGCUUAUCUGCGCCUCUGGAUACAUACAUUUCCCCACCUCGGAUAGCGAAAACAAAAUUUUAAUUCUCGUUAAAAUACGGCAUGAGAUGAAAGGGUGCCAAAUCUCAGUUGUGUCCAGUAUCAAGCACUUGAAUAACUACCUGAACAAAAUAUUUGAGAUUUAUCUUAUAAAGAACAAAUAG